AUGACGACACACUGUCGCAUAGUUGCGUCAUCAGCCAACAUGGCGGCGUCCAUGAGACUGCUGCUCCGGAGGGUGAUCCGUCUCUCCCACAGAGACAUCAACGGGCCAGGCUGCUGUCGUGGACCGUCGACCUGUCGGUGUCUCAGCGAUGCAGCCGCAGACAGAAGCACACACUUUGGGUUCGAAACGGUGCCGGAGACGGAGAAGGCGAAGAGAGUGUAUCAGGUGUUUGAGAAUGUGGCGAAGAAGUAUGAUACCAUGAACGAUGCCAUGAGUCUGGGAGUUCAUCGGUUGUGGAAGGACACGCUGCUGCACGUCAUGCACCCACAGCCAGGGGUUCAACUCCUGGACGUGGCGGGCGGAACGGGUGACAUCUCCUUCCGUUUCCUCGACUACAUUCGCUCUCAGCAAGAGCGGCAGAAGCGGCGGGCGGCCCGGUCCAUGCAGACGCCGUCGUGGCAGGACAUUUCCAACAACUACUCCUCCUCAGAGGACGAGGUCGGCCCCCGGGAGUCCAGAGCUGUGGUCUGUGACAUCAACAAGGAGAUGCUGAGAGUGGGCAAAAAGAAAGCCGACAGCAUGGGCAUCACUGCUGGUCUGUCGUGGGUUGCCGGGGACGCAGAGGAGCUGCCCUUUGACGAUGACCAGUUCGAUUUUUAUACCAUCGCCUUUGGCAUUCGAAACGUCACCCAUAUAGAUCAGGCUCUGCAGGAGGCUCUGCGGGUCCUGAAGCCUGGUGGCAGAUUCAUGUGCUUGGAGUUCAGCAAAGUGACAAAUCCUGUAUUGGCAAGGCUUUAUGACGCAUACAGUUUCCAGAUGAUACCAGUUUUGGGAGAGGUGAUCGCUGGAGACUGGAAGUCGUACCAGUAUCUGGUAGAAAGCAUCCGAAAGUUCCCCAACCAGGAGGAGUUUAAAUAUAUGAUUGAGGACGCAGGUUUCUACUGUGUGAAGUACUACAACCUCACCGGUGGAGUUGUGGCUCUGCACUCUGGUUUCAAGCUGUGAGAUGCACGUUAGACAUCUGUAUGAAAAACUGUCUGCAGAGUUCUCAGACGUGAAUUUCAGAGCAUGAAGUCCCAGAGCUUCUCUCUGCAGAUGUCACUGCUACGUGACUGGACAUAUUUACUGACUUAUUUUCCAUGCUGAUGUUCUCGGGUCAGCGACAAUUAAACUGUACUUAUUACCAGUGUUGAUGUAAAGAAUGUAAAGAAACAAAAAAAAUCUGUUGUAUCACACUAUUGGCAAGUGAGUGAAACUAUUUAAGUGCAGUUGGUUUUGAAUAUUUUUUCAGCACAUUUUGGCAACAAUUAAUAAAACUUGUUGAAAAGUC